CUGACAACAUAAAGUACGCGUAUUUGUCGCGUCAAAAAAAAAAAAGCUGCGCUUUCCUCUUCUUUCCUUUUCUAUCAUGGAGCAAACUACGAUUAAGCUCUUUAAGAAAUCGGACAAACAGGAACUUUUUGAGUUUCUUAGAAAACAAUCGACCGAGGAAAUUUCAGAAGCAAUUCGAACACGACUGGACACUAGUGGAAUAGAAGACGAUGUUGAUCCAAUAUUGUUUAUACGUGCCAUUAUCGUCGGCUCACCUGUACAAGGCGGCGACGACUGCACCUAUCGACGGUUUUUAGUUUUCCGAGAAGCUAUUGCUUGGUAUAUACAUAGGCCAGGGGUGGAUGGGUACUAAUGAUAGAGGGAGAGGGAUAUUUCUCGUGAUAUUUGUUAUUAACUUGGAUCGAAAAAUACGUCUCUGUCUUCUUCUUUGAAAUAAAAUGAAUUGCAGGUUGAGCAAAGACACGGAUACA